AUGCUACUCUCACACUCCUUACUCACAAUCGCUCAGGCAGCGACGAUUCUUGCUUUACCACAGCACACAUCACCAUUAGCUCGUGCAGGCACAGGACCACAGAACCUCUGCGGGGCACCUAAUGAGUUUGCCAUCAUCGAAGGUUCUCCCUGGAUCGUCUACUCGAUGAACUAUGCCUACCAGCAAAUCGACGGAAAUGCAUGUGCCGGCUACGAAGGCCUGGCAACGGCUAGCGAUGGCUCUCAACAGAUCAAGUGGAACAGUACGUGGUCCAUCGCCGAGGACAGCAAUGCAGAUGUUGUUAAGGGAUAUGAGUUUGUCGGCUUGACGCAGAAUUUGGAGAAUGCGAUUGAUGCUAUUGAGAGUAUUCCUGCGAUGUAUUCGUGGGCUAGGACGAAUGAGACGGGGUAUAAAGGCAACGUCUGCUUCGGCUUCAUGACCUCCGACACAAAAGGCGACUCCACCAGCUCCUCAGCUCAAGAACUCAUGCUCUGGCUCCGCUACGAAGGUAGACAAUUUCCACUUGGCUACGUCGAAGGUCCAAUUGCUACGAUUCAACUCUACGAUAAGUCUUGGACUCUGUACCAAGGCAAGAACGAAGACACUGGUAUCACAGUCAGCAGUCUGCUCGUGGAUGAAGCGGAUCAGUAUCGUGGUUCUUUUGAGGGAGAUAUCAAGGGCUGGCUUCUCGCGAUGGUGGAUCAGGGAUUGUUCACUACGAGCAUGUAUUUGGAUGUUGGAAAUGCGGGUAUGGAGCCUUUCUAUGGGACCGUGAGCUUUGAGAAUACAUUGGGCCUGCAGAUUGAUCUGGCUUGA